AUGUCUUUAAGCCCUCCAAAUAAUCUUGAGCACAUUAUUACAUCUCAAACACUUAAAUGGGUGUUUGUUGGUGGAAAAGGUGGUGUAGGAAAAACUACAACAUCUUGCAGCCUUGGUGUGUUGAUUGCCAAUAGAAAUCCACAAAAGAAAGUGCUUAUUAUUUCUACCGACCCUGCUCAUAAUACUUCUGAUGCUUUUGACAUUAAAUUUGGUGCAGAGCCUAAAGCUGUUCCUGGUGUUCCAAAUCUUUCUGUCAUGGAAGUCGAUGUCAAAGAUGCAAUGAAAGGGAUGUUUGAUGGGGUUGAACAAGGAACCAAUCAAAACGGAGAAUUUGGGUUACUUUCAGAAAUUACUGGAAUGGUAGGAAUGUUUAAAUCAGUUCCAGGUAUUGAUGAGGCUAUUGCCUUUUCUAAAAUAAUUAAUCAAGCACAACAAAUGAAUUAUGAUCUUGUUCUUUUUGAUACUGCACCAACAGGACACACUCUUCGUUUCUUAUCUUUACCCUCAGUUUUAAGAGAUAUGCUAGAGAAAGUUAUUAAACUACAAGAAUUAUUUGGUCCAAUGAUGAGUCAAUUUGGUGGAAUAAUUGGAACAAAUAUUAACUUUAAUGAACUAAAACCUAAAAUGGAAGACAUGCUUAAAACUUCUGAACAAAUUGUUAAAGAUUUUACAAAUCCCAAUUUGACUACUUUUAUUCCUGUGCUUAUUCCGGAGUUUUUACCAUUGUAUGAAACUGAACGACUUAUUCAAGAAUUAAUGAAUCUAAAUAUGGAUGUUAAUUCCAUUAUUGUUAAUCAAAUUUUACCUGUUAAUGACUGUUGUGAUUACUGUAAAAAUAAGCGUUCGGUCCAAGCAAAGUAUUUAGGUCAAAUUGAUGUCCUUUAUAGUGAUUUUCAUUUGAUCAAAAUUAACAUGCAAACAAAUGAAGUAAGAGGAGUUCCAGCUCUUUGUGCCUUUAGCAAAAAUUUUGAAGCAAAACACUAA